GGACUACAGCCUGCAACGCAUUCAACUGUGCCAAACAAAGUAUGCUUUCCAGCUUGCAUAUGCAUGUGAGAGCACAGAAUGCAGCGAAAUACAUAGUAAAUCGUUUUGGCUAAAUAUUCGGAAAAAUAAAAUUUCAUUUGGCUGCACCAUCAGGGGACUGUAGUAAAGGGAAAGCAUAGCCUUAAAGGAAGUGCACACACUUUCAUGUUGACCCAGAAAGAGAAGACAAGGCAAUGUUGCCAAUGUCAGUGCCGGAAAAUGGAAGUACAAAUUACUGUGCAUAUCCGAGUGUGAAAUAUUUUUAGGGCUAGCCUGGCCUGGCUAGCCUCACAUCAAGUGCGGGGCACAAUGAAAAAUAAUAAUAAAACGCUGCUUCAGCACUCUAGGCCUACCUCCCCCCAUGCAAGUGCUCAGAAUGUGUUGCCAAAAAUAGCCUGUUGUUUCGGCUUCUGAGCCUGAAUGCAGACACGUGCCAAAGCGCGUGGCCCGCUAACAAUGGACUGGGAAAACGCCCGAUGGCACUGACAGUCGUAUAAAUGACAGCGGCAAAGCCUGCAGAUCCAUAAUCACCAUGGAAGCCCAACAGGUGUUCCGAUAUCUGCUGCUGUUCAUCGCCAUCGGACUGGGAUUGGUCCUUCAAGCGAAGGCCGACUGCCCAUUGUCGCGGGCCAUGAUUGAGGGCACCAAUCGCAUAUUUGCCAACCGCGAUCGCCGCGGUAACUACGCCCUGAAGCGUGUUCAGCGAGUGCAAACUGGAGAGGUGCUCCACAUGAUUUGCCAGCCGAACGACAUCGUCCAGACCACCUGCCAGCGGAACACCAACUUCACCCGACCGCUGCCGCUGCGAUGCAAUAACCCGAUGGCCGCCACUGCGACAAUCGUCACCGAUACAUCCUGUCGGGCCACCAUGUACUCCAUUGGCUACACGAUCAACAACCGAAGGCUGGAACUGUAUCGCGCCUGCUACGAUCGGGCCAAUGUAAAGGCCAUCUUCACGACACACACGGUGUACGGCAAAACCUUCUUCCCAGCGCGUCCCUGUGUGGCUUUCAGUCGAGAUGGCGCUCUGAGUGAGGCAGAUGCCAGGACCUUCACCGUUCGCAGUAUCUACGAUGCCUUCAGGCGCAUCUUCGGCAACACCCAGAGAUACAUUCCCAAUAAUCGUAAUGUUGUCAUCAAUCGCGGACACCUGACUCCCUCGGCGGACUUUCUCUUCGGCGACCAAAUGUGUGCAACCUUCAAGUACGUCAAUGUUGUGCCGCAGUUUAAGAGCAUCAACGACAGGAACUGGGAGACAAUCGAGCGCUGGGUGCGCAAUCGCAUCCGACUAGGUGGUUCGCUGAGGAUCAAGACGGGUGCUGUUGGCAAUCUCAUUCUGCCCACUCGUCAACGGCCCCCCGUUCGUCAUCGCGUAAUCCUGGGAACUGGCACCAAGAACCCCGUGCCCGAAUGGAUGUUCAAGGUGGUGCGAACUUCAAGAAAUCGGCCGCUUGCCGUCUUCCUUACGUACAACAACAUCUACGCCCCACGCCGUCCCACUGCCCCACGAUUCUGCACCAGCGUACCCUGCCCCAUGGCGCUGGUCAACACGGCAGUCGCUGGCUUCACCUACUGCUGCAAUGCCACCACUUUUAGUCUCUGAUAUUCAACUUAUUUUGAA